AUGGCGGAGGCCUCCUUUAAGCAAAUGAUUGCUACCUCAUUGCGACAGACGAGGCCGCAAUCAUUUCGCCACUCCAAACCCAGUCGGUACCUCCAGUGUCAACUUUCGACCACAGUGAGUGCACAGCCGCAGGCACCCAAAUCACAAACUCCUCGAUGGCAAGCGCACACUGUGCAACCAGCUGGACAACCUCAGACCAAGCUCUCCCGGCUCGACAAACUUCGAAAUGAGACCGAACCCCGACCAUUCUCUUCCUUCCUGACUGAUAACUAUUCACGUCAUCAUAAUUACCUACGAAUAUCCGUCACCGAAAGAUGUAAUCUUCGAUGCCUCUACUGUAUGCCCGAAGAGGGUGUCCAACUAUCACCUUCUUCUCAUUUGCUCACAACCGCCGAGAUCGUGUAUCUGUCCGAGUUGUUUGUAAAUCAGGGCGUUAAUAAGAUCCGUCUCACCGGCGGUGAACCUACUGUGCGGAAAGAUUUCGUGGAUUUGAUGCGUCAAAUUGGAAGAUUGAGGAGCCAUGGUCUAAAAGAACUGUGCAUCACCACCAAUGGCAUAUCAUUACAUCGCAAACUCGAUUCGAUGGUCGAGUCCGGCUUGACCGGCGUCAACUUGAGCUUGGAUACUUUGGAUCCUCAUCUAUUCACCGUAAUGACCCGCAGGAACGGCCAUGAAGCUGUGAUGAAAUCUAUCAAUCGGAUUCUCGAAAUAAAUCGGUCGGGGGCAGGGAUCAAACUCAAAAUCAAUUGUGUGGUCAUGCGCGGUCUCAAUGAACGGGAGAUAUUGCCAUUUGUGGAACUCGGUAGGGAUCAAGACCUCGAAGUUCGUUUUAUCGAAUAUAUGCCUUUUGACGGAAAUAAAUGGUCGGAGGAAAAGAUGAUGAGCUUCGGGGAGAUGCUCGCCCUCAUCCGACAGAAAUAUCCUGAUGUCCACAAGGUUCAAGAUCACAAGAAUGAUACAAGCAAAACUUACCAAGUUCCCAGCUUUGCCGGUCGAAUUGGGUUCAUAACUAGUAUGACGCAUAACUUUUGUGGGACUUGCAAUCGACUUCGAAUCACGGGGGACGGCAAUCUCAAGGUCUGUCUCUUUGGAAACGCCGAAGUUUCGCUUCGUGAUAUCCUCCGCGAGUCUAACGAUGGCAAACCCAUUGAUGCCGAAGCUAUGGAGGCUAUGAGACAGCUUGAGAUGGACCGACGUCAACACCUUGCGGGCAGCGCCGACGCAUUGGGUGUUUCUGAAAAAGAGGCCAAAUUGCUUGAUGUGAUCGGAAUGGCCGUGAAGAGGAAGAAAGAAAAGCACGCCGGCAUAGGCGAGUUGGAGAAUAUGAAAAACAGGCCUAUGAUUCUCAUCGGUGGAACUAUCCGCGGACAAGAGGUUUAUCGCCCGAUUCAUUCCAGAGAUCCAGAAAAUAUCCCAGCGCAUUCCACCAGCACCUGGUUACAAACCCGACAACGGGCACUAGAACGGACAGCCCCGCGGGAUCUCUCUAAAUCUGCCAACUACGCUCGGUUCUUGACCCGAGACAUUGCAAGAAGAAGAUCGUUUCGCCCUCGAGGUGGCUUCUUCGAUCUCGGACCAGAAAUACCAAACACAUGGAAUAAGAAGAAACCCCCCACAGGUGAUCAAGAGACUCAGUCGGAUGACUCCCCGUCUACAUCCACAGACGAGUCUCAGCAACUCACCCAUCUCACAUCCACCGGCGAGGCUCACAUGGUCUCAAUCGCGGGCAAGAAACCCACAAUUCGUUCCGCAACGGCGGAGAGCCUCCUUCUCUUUUCUAACAGCUUCACUUAUGGAACGUUAGUGGCGGCCCGGCUCCGGAAGGGUGACGCCUUAUCCGUCGCCCGCAUAGCGGGCAUCCAAGCAGCCAAGAAGACGUCAGAUAUCAUACCGCUUGCCCAUCCGGGCUUAAACAUCACGGGCAUGUCGGUUAGGCUGGAACCUUUCCUGGGGCGUAGGGUGCCGGGUUCACAUGGCAGCUCGACCGUGGUCAAGCGUAAAGAUAUACACCCGCGGUUUGGCGGUGUUCUCAUCACUGCGACGGUGGCGUGCGAAGGCAAGACGGGCGUGGAAAUGGAAGCCAUCACGGCAGCGUCCGUGGCCGGGCUAACCAUGUAUGACAUGCUCAAAGGGGUGGAUAAGGCAAUGGUCCUCACCGCCACACGGGUGAUAGCCAAGAGCGGAGGCAAAUCAGGCGAUUGGAUAUGGGAUCCUCAAACAAAUAAAAUCGUCCCGGACACCGAGCGGGCUGCGGAGUUGGAGAAAGAGCGCAGCAUCGAGAAGCAAGACCAGGAUAUCAAGGCGAGAGAAAUUCAGGAGAGAAUAAUGGCACGCCGGGAUGGCAUUGACGGGAUUGGGCAUGAAAAUGCUGACGAUGAGGAUGCCGACGCAAAGAGUGGACAGAACAACGAGCUUUCUAGCCAGAGCUGGACGGAGACGAAGACACCUCCAGUCGCAGUCGAGCAUUUCCAACGGACCAGAGAGAGACGUUUCCGUCGCAUCAUGCGUGCUAGACGAAUACAGCAUGACGAUACUGGCCCAGCCUCAAAACUGACCUGA